AAGCGCGGGGCCCUUCCGCCGCCGCCGCUUCCUGCCGCCCCGCCAUGGGCCCGCGGCCGCUGCCGCUGCUGGAGCCGGGCGGGCGCCCCGGGCGGGGCAAGUGGUACCGGCUGUCGCCGCGCGGUGACCGGCCCCGCGGGCGCGUGGGCCACGGCUGCCUCUUCCUGCCGGGCGGCGGCACCGGCCGCGUCCUGCUCGUGGGCGGCGCCGACCCCGCCGGCGCCUUCGCGGACGCGCACUUCGUGGAGCUGGGCGCGCUGCGCUGGGCCGCGGCCGGCUGGGCCGGGCUGCGGCCGCGCUACGAACACGCCACCUUCCUGCCCGCCGGCCCCGCCCGCCUCUGGGUCUUCGGCGGCGCCCACCCGGCCGGGAACCGGAGCUGCGUCCAGGCGCUGGACCCGGAAAUAGGAACCUGGGAGAGCCCUGAGGUGGGCGGCGAGCAGCCCCUGCCCAGGACCUUCCACAGCUCCUCGGCAGCAGUGGGAGACUGUCUGUACGUGUUUGGAGGGGGACACAGAGGAGCAGAGCCAGUUCAAGACCAGCAGCUUCACGUGUUUGACACAGCCACCUUGACCUGGUCCCAGCCAGAUACUCGGGGUGAUCCCCCCUCUCCUCGGCAGGGACACGUGGUGGCUGCAGUUGGGACGAAACUCUUCAUCCAUGGAGGUUUAGCUGGAGAUGUUUUUUACGAUGACCUGUUCUGCAUUGAUACAACUGACAGGAGGUGGGUCAAGAUCCCAGCCACGGGUGAGGUGCCGGGAGGACGGGCAUCCCACUCCUCUGCUGUGUUUAGGGAGCACUUGUACAUUUUUGGGGGAAUUGGUCCAGAAGGGGCACUCAGCACUACCUACAAGUAUCACACAGUCUGUACCUUUGCACUGCAGAGAAGCAGCAGUGGACACUCCUGCAGUUUGACUCCCCUCUCCCUGCUGGGCGGCUGGAUCACGCCAUGUGUGUCAUUCCCUGGUGGGCUGGGAAGAGUGGAGACACGGGAGCUGUCACCGGGGAAGAGGAAGCUGGGGAAGAGUCAGGUGUGUCAGCAGGUGACACAGCUGUGCCCCUCCAGAGGAGGCAAGAGCAGGGGGGCUGUGCUGAGGACACAGUCAUGCACCUGCUGUUUGUGUCUGGGGGGAUGGACACCCAGGGACAGGUGUACCAGGACUGCCUGGUCAGCCUGAUCCUGUAGUGCUGGCCUUUUCUACCCAGUUUUGUACCAGUCAGAUUAAGUCAAUUCUUUCCAAUAAACAAAAUCUUGGCCACACCA